CUGGACGAGUAACUCAGUACCAAGUAAUGUUGAACAAGAUGAUGCGGGUGUGGCAAUCCUCCAGAAUGUCCUCGUGAGCUUGGUUUUUCUUCGUGUGUUUUUUUUUGCUGCAGUUCACUCGCGGACCCACUGACGAGGGGGAGGGACCGGGACGCACUGUCGCUGUGGCUGUCCCUUGUUCUCCGGACGGUGCGGGAGCUAUCGAGCUGAAGAAGCUGCUUCGGUGCAGCUGUGUUGAAAAUUCGGUUGGUGCAGCCGAGCGCGAAGCGCGGUCUUCGUCUGCUAGCUUGCGACCUAAGAUGUCAUGCCGAGCAACAGCAGCAUUCGCGCCGGAGGAGGAGGAUCAUCCAAGAGACGGGACCUCGACCUGGACGACGACGAUAGCGGCCAAAAUGCUGACGAUGGGCAGGGGCGCAGCACCCUCAGCGAAUUUGGCGAGCAAACGCGGGAAAGCAACUGUGCGAUUGCACAACAGUUUUGCCUUGCCGCGGGAAGCUGUGCGGCCGCCAGGUGGCGCGCUGGGGUCUCGUUGGCAAAAGCCACUUACCUGCGGGCGGUUGGCGAGCAAAAUCAAAAUGACAUCAAUGUCAACAACAGUGUGGACCAGGAGAGUGGCGCGCGUAGUCCGGCGCCUGGGUGCGCCUCCUGGGUACUGGUCGAUGCGGAUGUUCACGUCCUCGAAAAAGAAAUCAAGCGAGCAGGCGGCAAGGCCAGGCAGGGCGGUGGCAACCGAGAUCGGCAGUUUGGUCAGAACAAAGGGAACACCACUACGACUAGUUUGUCAGAUUAUUCAACAUCUCCCAGGUCGUCCUGGAGGGGGACGAGUGAUUUCGGCGGGCAGGUUUGUGACCACGUUUUGCGGGACCGACCGAAGUUUCUGUGUGCCUUUCUGCUCUACCUCGUGCUCCUCUACAAUGUGUGGAUGCGGGGCUCGCCGUUCUCCCUGCGCGCGUACCGGAGAAAUACCGGAGGUUACAUGGAUGUCGACGACGCGGAGGCUGCGGCUGCAGAACUGGCAGCAGGAGUAUCAAAUGCAAAAAUGUCUGGGUCUGGAAGAUUUUGAGAUUUGUCAUGCUUGUCUGGCAUGACCAAAAAGUCUGUGAUGCGUGUCCAAGAAGAGACCCUUUUGCCUGUCAUGCAAAAACGCAGUUUGUCAUGCGAAAAACGCAGCACAAUAUUUCUCAUGCUUGCCUGUACAUUACAGAGCAUUAACUAUUCCCAACGCAGCAUUACAAGUUUCCAGACCCAGACAUUUUUGCAGUUGAUAAGGAGCGAGUAAGCGCAAGAAGAAAGCCAAGGACUGCAGCAGUGCGAAGACCGAAAGCUACAGCGACGCCCUGGAGGAUGCUGGUCAGGACGCCGAAGAAGCAGAAGCUGACGGGCAGGGACAAGCGGAAGACGAGCUCGAGAGCUCUCUCGAGCAAUAUCGCUACACGCCGGAUCGACAGUUAUCAAAUCGAGAGAACUUCUGAGGUCUAGUAUACGUUAACGAGAAGACUAGACCACUUACCCUCUUCCUUAAGUUUGUAUGUACGUCUGUUGCACCAGUGUAUUUUGAGCAAUCUCCGAACGAAGCGAGGUUCAAGAAGUGUGAUUUCGUCCUUAGGGGUGCAAAGUGCGCUCUACUUUUGGUCGCGCGCGAUAGAUGCUUUUUCUUUUUGUGCAGCAGUGAUUGUGAUGAUGAUGUGCCACGGAAACGAUAUUGCAACAACUGAGCUUUGAUGUCAUUUCGAUAACUGUGGAUCACAGUGCACAAGGGACGCGCCGAAAUACUCAACUGCCAUUGCACACUCACGUGCAAGAAGGAGGAGAGUCGCGGCCUAGCGGGGAAGUCGGAAGUCGCCGUACGAGAGGGGUUUGACGAGCCAAAAACAGAUAUACUCGGACAUCCGGUACCGGACAAGUUUUUGCUGCGUAGGCCGCUCGGUAAGCUAAAGGCCAAAGUAGAGUACGCGAAGCCGUCAGCCGAAGAUGUUCGCACUCCUCACGUCGGGAAAGACAACAUCACACCGAAAAUUCGGGUAUAUUAGUAUUUUUUCAUCUCUUUUUGGCAUGGAACCAAGAUCGAUUCGCCUUGGCCUACCAGUACUUACGUCUUCUUGUGCGAUGGAUUCACCAUGGCGCAACGGAUGGCUACGUACAGUAAUACACAGAGUGCUAUCCUCUGUAGAUCAUGCAAUGGCUUUUCACCAAAAGCGACACGAUAAAUGAUGUUGAUUGACAUUUUGCAUGAUUCGGCGCGCGGUGAACAGGAUACUUAUUCCUAUACCGCCAGGAGUAUGCGUGCUCGUAAUGACAGAUCUGGGAUAGAACAAAAUUGAAAAUGAAACUCUCAGAUUGGAUACUCGAUUUUGACAUCUUGUCGGCGGUUCCGCGUGGUGCUGUCGCAGAUCGAGCGAUUGCGCUCCCUCGAGGUCGAGGAUAUCUACGUGUUCCUGGCCCGGUGCAACCCCACGUGGCUGCAGGACCUGGGAAAGGAGGAGUGUCAAAGUUUUGCCAAAAACUCGAAGGUGGUCCCUUUCCAGGAACCGCUUUCGUACAGUACGUGUGGGAAAGACCGCGAGUCCGUCCAUCUUCCGGUACUGCCGGACCUUGGGAUCUCGCUGUUCCCGGUUUUGGGAAACCUGUUUGACGCUGCGGGAAGUGCUAGCGCUGUGUCGCGCACGGCGGGCGGGGUUGUUGCGCAAAGCCUGCAACAUGCGGAAGAAAAGGCGGCGGAGGACGCUGAAGGAGGAGGGGGCAAUCCAGCUGGGAAGAAAAUGGAGUCCUUCUUCCAUCAAUUUCAAAAUGCCCUCCAAAUGAACACACAGUGGAAGGACGCGGAGUUCCGAAAUAUCGCACCAAAAAAGACGCUGGCGUGCGGAAAUAAACACCUAAGGAGCACAGCAUAAAGCAAGGGGAGGCUGUUCUAGAUUCGACUGCGGUAAACUAAAACUCUUGCUCUUAUGUCACGAAGUAGAAGAAACUCUUUGUCUUUGCAAAAAUUGCCCUCUGUCUACUUGCGGAACGUAUCGCUCCGUCGUCCGUCGGCUGUGUUGAGGACGUGCGUUCGUUUUAUCGACCACCGUAAGGACGACUACUAGGUACUACUCUACGAUGAAAUUAAGGAAUCCGCAAGGAGCGUCUUUUCAUCUCGGGCAUGCGGCUGCGGAUAUAUCAAAUGUGGGUCUUGGGGGUGAUGUUCCUGCAGUUUGACUAUGCGGUGUUUUUACAAGACAAUUUGGAGCUGAGCCCAAAACUCCCGGAUUAUAUGCAGUUCAGCGCCCGCGUGAUGCAGAAGGACAACUCCCUGUUGGGAUCCACCGCGUGGAAUCUGUUGCAGGUAAAUCACGAGUUAGGAUCUGGUGCCAUGGAUCCGAACCUCUACGUUCUGCGACAAUCCCACUUCUCUAACAUUGCCUGGAUGACCAGUCGGGACGCAUUCGUGCACCACCUGUAUCGGCUGGUCACCCUGUUUACUCGAGUCUCGUUGUAGACUUAUGUGUGCAUCAGCAUCCAGCAUUUGCCGCUUGAGUUGUGUAUUUUGCCGCGCGCACGGUAAAAGUUCGUUCACGCUCAUCUUCAAAUUCAUCUGGUUCUCUAUUUUUCCCUUCGGACUAUGGACUAAAGAAAAGUGGGAGACGCGAACAACGCGCCCCGUUUCAUGUUGGUUUUUGCCAGCGGUUUCAUUACGCUGACCGGUUCUCGCGUUGUAUUUGUAUGCCUCCUGCACAAGAUACGUACGUGCUACUGCACAAGAUACUUACUUUACUUGAGGUGCCUGGUGCAUGCAGCUUCAUUUUGACCUAACAACCGACUCCUGAAUUUCAAUGCACAUUUCGCACCCCUACGCUAGUUUGUCCGAUUGGAGCACAGCAGGGGAGUGGGCGGAGCUCAUGCGGCUACUCGUCCGGCCGAAUAGGAUUCUCUUCCCGCCGGUAAAGUUCGAUCUCUGGGGCGACAGCUUGAGGCAUCUGGACAAAGCCCUCUUGAAAGAGUACUUUUUGCUACGAGCUGCAUGAAAUUUUCUUUAUUGCGACUAACGUGACAGCUAUUUCUACUUCUAGAGGAGCAGUCAUAGUGAAAGAGUUUUUUUUUCAAAGAAGUAAACUGAGAGCACACUCAGAUUAGGACGAAGCCCUGUCAGUCGGUCGCCAUGAAAUUUGAUAUCAAAAUCAAACCAUGUGGCGAGUAACCGUAUCAGUAUCUAUUCACUUAUGGACAAAUAUUACAAACGAAACACACCAGCUUCCUGGCGCCGAAGUACCAGUACGAAAUUCAUGAUUAUGAGAAGGACCCAAUUGGACUGGAGAAAACGCGGCUGGUUUUCUUCCUCCCUAGUGUGUCUCUCGUCAAGCAUGUAAGCCCAAACACGGGCCAAACUGGGAAGACAGACGUGAAUACUAUGGUGGAUCGGGCUAUGGAAGCGUCAGGUUUGAAAUCGACAAAGUUGAAAUGAUUUGUCAUGCAAAAAAUGCAAGGCAUGAAGUGCCUGUCUUGCCGGGCUGGCAAGUGAGGCAGAUUGUGAGCCUAUUUAGGGUUUGGGAUGGCGCUGCUAAAGGAGCAUGACAAAAGCAGUCUUCUGUGCCCGAACAGCAUGACAAAUUGGAUUCCGGUGCUCCGAAGAUUUGUCAUGCGCCGCUUGGAAAUUGGUCUUCCAACUGGUAUCCAUUUUAUGCAUUACAAAUCAUUUCAACUUUGUCGAUUUCAAACCUGACGCUUCCAUACGGGCGAGUCAGGUGGCGUUUUGGAGCCUGGAUCAGCCGAUCACAUUCCCGGAUAUCAAAUGUAAAAAUGUCUGGGUCUGGAAGAACAGGACUUGUGAUGCUACUUUCUCGAUCAUACAAAAAACUGUAUUGCAUGGCCAGCAAAAGGUGCUCAGAUUUUUGCCACCCGGACCGGGCAUUUCUCAUGCAGGAUAGGCAUGAGAAAGCCUGCGCGAGGGCUGUGAUGCUAGAGAAUGCAUCACAGGCAUCGUGGGUCAUGUACAAUUUGCAUGACAAACACCCACUUUCUUACUUUUUUAACGACAAACACCCCGUACAAUCUUGCCUCACUUUUUUAAGAUGGGUUUUUUCGUAGUUGGGACUGUGCCAUAGUAGAUGACUUUACCGCUUUUUUACCUUUUCUUUUAUCCCUCAGCGCUGGUGGGUCCGCCGGCAAAGUUAUCCCUACUCAGAUAGCUACAAAGCUCAUCCCGCGGCCGUCCCAGGAGCUCUUGUGACUGUCUCUCGGUAGAGAUCGCUUUGCCCGUGCCUAUUCCACUCAGAGUUUGCUGGGUAGGUGGCUACCGUUUUAAGUUUAUAAACGAAUGGGACGCCCUGCCCUUAGCCUUCCAACAUGACAAACACCCAAAUCUUCCAGACCCAGACAUUUUUACAUUUGAUACCGGACAAUCCGGAGCUACUCACAGCGUGGCGGUAUGACAAGCACUAUCUGGAUAUCCGAGAAAAGAACACUGCGGCACAGCGAUUGGUUGCUGCGUAACUUCUAGACACGAACUCUCGUCGCUAGCGCGAAUCGGUGGCAAAGACGAGCGAUCGCGUUUUGUGCAUGUUCUGAAUAUUUUUUCUGCAGCUCCUCGCUCGUUCUAAAGUGAGACGAAGACUGAGACUGAGAGAGUGAAAGGCAGACAGCUAGAGCACGCCAUUCUUUUCUCUCUCACACAGAAGAAAAGUUUGCUGGGAGUACGUUGGUGGACGGACCGCCAGAAGGUGUACAAGCCGGACAGCGAAAAGGAUGACCAUCGGGGCUACCUUGCAAGGAACGUGGGGGAUUUCCUGGUGUAUCUGGGUAUAAACAUCUGAUGUAAGUGUAUGUGUUUUAUUUCGUCUGGAAAGCUUUUGUCUUAGUCUGGGAGGGCACGGGGGUGCGCGUCCUGUUCAUCUUGAUCUUUUUUCUUCGUACAUGACACCGAGUUUGUUGGGUGUGGAGCUACUUACUUACUUACCUGCCUGUUUCUGUGUAGAGAGAUGGGACAAUUAACGUUGACCUUGGAUGCCCUCGGGGCUACCAGUCGCUGCGCAUCGCUUUCAUUCUGUCAACCGAGCAGAGACAAAGGAAUGUUGAAGCAAUUAUUUUCUUUCUCUCUCCAGGUGUUUUCGAGGACUUGGCGAUGGGGCGUUUCCCGUAUGCUACCGAAACCCUGAGGCCUGGUUGUCGAAGACCUUGUAUGUGUUUUCUUGGAAUUUUUAUUUUUUGUGAUGCAUGAAGAGGACGAAAGCGAAACUCAUAUGAUUUUCAUUUUACCGUGAGCUUCACCUUGGGAUCGCCUUGACCUUGAGAACGCACUUGUGAAAUACUAUUCGACAGGAAAACUUUGCUCUUUCACAAGCGAAGUGCUAAUAACCAAGGUCGAAUUGGCCAAGCGGCAAGCGCAAGCGCCAACAAACUUUGGUAGCAUACAUUUCCGCCGCAGAUGGAUCGAGAAUCGUCCUGGUUCAGGCAAAAGGUGGCCGAACUCGUUCUCCCUCGCAUGCACGUUGAGAUAAAGCCGACCGAGCACCUGGAGAUUUCGUGUGCGCGUAUAUCCUGCGAGUCCAGGCCGCGUCACGAUGACCAUGUAGAGGCGUGGGCCGAGGCACUGCACAAUUUCUCGCCGGGCGGGUUCCUAUACAAGCUGAUGUACAAGGGAACUAUCUUCGCGCACUACAAUGGCUACCGGUGGUGGAUCGUCGCCCAGUAUUCCCCGUGGUGGCAGAAGUUCUGUGUUUGAGGAGCGCAUCAUGGUCCCACUGAGGCGUAAAAAUCAUAUGAAAGUUUCUUGCAUAAGUGGCCGUGGCCGUCGCUGUGACGAUACCCAAGCAAGCUGUUCCUAUGAACAGCAAUUGCCGGACACGCACACGAGUAGAGGGACACGGUCCGUGGUUGUGCACCUGCAGCCGGUUAGUUCAUUUCAAUUUUCGAGGUCUGAAGCAUUCACACAGGCCGACACACACGACCUGACUACGUAUAUCUUUUGUGCGAGGAAGUAUAUCAAAAUCAAAAUUUGGUGUGUGAAAAGGAUAUCAUGAGCGCAAAUAAAGUAGCUGUCGAACGCUCCUGCGGAAUGCGAAAAUUUUCGUACGCAAAAGCUUCGGUGCUUCAAAUACCCUACAACUGCAACUGUUUGCAAUUUGCUAUAGUACCCUAGAGAGACAUGGACACUUCAAUUUUCCAUUCUGCGUGAGCAGUGUGCUAAGUGAAAAAAGGAAUAGAUACCCAGGUGAUCGUCGACCAUGAUUGACCCCGAUCGCUGAAUUUUCGAGACGCGGCCAGGAUUGAUUCUGUCCGCAAGAUGCGAAAAAUUUGCGGGAGAGACUGUUGGAAACGGCUCCCUUGUGCAU